GAUGACGGCUGUGUCAAUAUGCGCCGGCUUUUCUUUUCUGUGGUGUGAGCCAGAGGUGACGCUGUCGGCUUGUAAAUGAUCACAAGAUUUACUUUAAAAGGAGAACAAUAACGUGUGGCGUGCAUGUCCUGCGUCAGUGUUUCACUAAGGACUUUACUGUGAAGAAAAAGUGCAGAAAAUUAGUGUCUUGAAAAGCAUAAUCUGGCUUUUGUGUCCAGUCUGCUCUGGUCUGGCAGGUUUAUCCACUCUGAAGUCAGGAGACCGUUUGUGUGUGUGUGUGUGUGUGUGUGUGUGUGAGACAGCGCAUGAGACGGAGCGUGUGUGAGCCAGAGAACCCAGUAGCUGUAGGCUGUGUGUGUGUGUGGGUGUGUGUGUGUGUGAGACAGAGUGUGAGAUGGAGAGUGUGUGAGUCAGAGAGCCCAGUAGCUGUAGGCUGUAUGUAUGUAUGUAUAUGAGUGUGUUUGUGUGGGUGUGUGUGUGUGUGUGUGUGUGUGUGUGCGCGCUUGUGUGUAUUAUGGGCGUGCCUAGGGGGUUGUCUUAGCUACAAGCUCAGGUGUGUUUGUGCAGCUCCACAUUGUAGCCUGUGUGUGUGUGUGUGUGUGUGUCUGUGCACGAAAAAAGAGACAAAGAACUCCCAGCAGAGAGAAAAGUCAAGAUAAAAAGAAUAAGCGAGGUUUAUUCAGCUGAUGCAAGGCUCUGGAGGAGGCAGUGUUGUUUUUGUCACAGGCUGCACAGGAUUUCCAGGAAGUUGGCAGAUCUUCACCAGUCUGGGCUUGUUGAGUCGAGGCCUCCCCCAUGAAAACCACUUGGUACUGUCCUCUCAACCUGUCCACUGUUACUGAGAAGGAGGAGGACGGCAUCAUCUACACGGUGAUCGUGAAACCACACCACGGUGACCCUAAUACACAGCCGUCAUGUCACCGCUCGCAGUGUGUAAAGGCUGGGACAGAGGAGAAGCUGGUCCUUCACCUCCUCCACUCCUUCUCCAUGGAGGAUACGUCCUUCAUCUCCAUCUUCCUCUCCACCUACCGCUCCUUCACCACCACUGAGAGGGUGCUGGACAUCUUGACGGACAGGUUGGGAAAUCCACCAGGAGACAGCGGCAGUCCCACACGUCAGACCUUCAACAAGGCAGUGUGCACUGUGUUCAGCACGUGGCUGAGCGAAUACCCGGAGGACUUCCACUCGCUGGGUGAACCCUCACGCCUGCUCCGCCUCGCACCCCUGAUGCCAGACCAGACGGGGUCAGAGGUCAAAGUUCGGCUGCUGAAGAUCGCAGAGGAGCUCAGUGACAAGUCCCUGAUUCCUGACUCUGCUUCAAAUGCUGCAAAUGCUUUUCUCCAAACAUCAUCUCCCGAUCCUUCAAAGUUCGACGCCACCAACAUCCUGGCUUUUCCCUCGAGUAUCAUAGCCGAGCAGCUGACCAAGAUCGAGACGGAGCUGUUUCUGAAGCUGGUGCCGUAUCACUGUCUGGGCUCGCUGUGGUCUCAGAGAGAUAAGAAGGGCCAUGAGGGUGUGUGCUGGUCGGUCAGAGCCACAGUGCGUCAGUUUAAUCGUCUGGCCAACGCCGUUACAGCCUCGUGCCUGUGGCAGACGGAGCUGAAGACCCAGCAGAGGACGCGCCUUCUGGAGAAAUGGAUCAGCGUAGCCGAGGCGUGCAGAAUCAGGAAGAACUUCUCAUCAUUGUAUGCCAUCGUGUCAGCGCUGCAGAGUAACCCCAUCCACAGACUGAGGAAGACGUGGCAGGAGACGGACCGGGAGGCAAUGAAGCGCUACGAGGAACUGGCCUCCAUCUUCUCGGAGAAAGACAACUACUCGCAGAGCCGAGAGCUGCUCAAAGAAGAAGGCACUUCCAAAUCUGCUAAUGUAGACACUAAAACCAACAACAGAAGACACACGUCCAGUGCUCAGGGCACCGUGCCGUACCUGGGCAUCUUCCUGACCGACCUCACCAUGCUGGACGCCGCAGUCAAGGACAGGCUAGAGAAUGGCUAUAUCAACUUUGACAAACGGCGACGAGAAUUUGAGGUUCUCGCCAAAAUCCGUCUCCUCCAGUCAUCCUGCAGGAACAGCACCUUCCGAACAGACGAGUCGUUUGUGCACUGGUACCACAGCGUCCCCACGCUGACCGAGGAGGAAAGCUACAGACUGUCCAAUCAGAUUGAGCCUCAGGGGGAACCGAGUCCAGGACGUCUUACGCAUCCUACCGUGGUCAUCACGGAGUGUCCAGACACUCUCUCUGAUGUGACAAGCUCGGGCAUGGAUGCUGAUGGAAUAUUUGAUUUCCCUUCGCCUGUCAAUCAUCUGCUCUCCAGGCUUGCGAAGCACAUGAAAUCCCCUUCCGUUUCCUGUCUGGAUGUCGAAUCGUCCCCUCCACCCAAUGACCCCAACCCCACUGCAGUGACCACACCUAAUAAUAUCUCCAAAACCCAUCGGCGCUCCGUCUCGUGCGGCAACGCUCCGUCCAAUCACGCACCAGGGGCGGGGCCAGACAUGCGAAUCGUCAAGAUCCGGAUGGAUUUACACGACGGGAAUUUAUAUCGAAGCAUUCUGGUUAGUAGCAAUGACAAAAGUCCCACUGUGAUCAGCUCGGCGUUAGAGAAGCAUAACCAAGACCCCCGAGAGGCCUCCAAAUAUGAGCUCAUACAACUGCUUCCUGAAGGAAAAGAGCUGACAAUACCCGCCACAGGAAAUGUGUUCUACGCCAUGAGCUCAGCUAGCGUCGACUUCCUGUUGAGGAGGCGAGGAGGAAACACGCCGGUGGGCUCACCGUCGCUGAACAAUGAGACCAGCGCAACUUUUCCACGAAUCAAGGCCAAGGGGCGGAGGCUGGUCCGAACACUCUUUUAACACAACAUGUUUUCAGCUCAGCAGAGACUAACACGUGGAGUAACAUUUCUAAUAAAGUCCCAUAGCGUGUAGUAACAUGGAAGAACUGCUUAAAGAGAUUCUCCAGUGUUUUUGGUUUUUCUUUUAACCUAAUCUCUAUGUACAACAUCUGUCGUCUGUGUGUGUUUACAACAGACAAGAAAUUCAACACGGUUCCCUGAAAUGAGGAAAAACAAAACAAAACUGUUUGCUUCAAACUUAACUAGAAUGUAAAUCUAAGGGCAGAUGUUGAACUUCAGCAAUAAAAAGCAUAUAUCUGCAGUUGUCCGAUAAAGGAGUGUGUUUUGAAGCUAACUCAGGCUAGUGUUAUCUACCUGCUAGCAUGCACAAAUAUACUGAUAGUAAUCUCACGGGAUUACAAAAUGUCCGCCAAUGACUCUGAAGCUCAUCACAUUCUUAUAGCAUCAUUUAAAUAAUAAAUUAGAUCAAUUAUCUCUGAAAAAUACACCAAAAUGUUAUUAGUAUUAUUAUUAUUAUUUUAAUAUUUAUUUAGCUUUACCUUAUACCUAGACACCCUGAUUAUUUUUCAGUUUAGAGUUAAGACGUCUUUCAGAUGGAAGAAUUUGUAGUUAGCAUGUGGCUCUGAUGGCGCAUAGAUACCACAAUGUUUUCAGGAAAGUGUGAAGUAACCGGAACUACUUUUCACUCCAGUGCAGGAAAAUUGCAUGAAACUUUAUAAGAAUAGUUUUGCUAAAAAUUUCUAUCAUGCCUGUCUCAUCCUCACAACUCUACUGUUUCCAUCUAACAGCUGGAGGUUUGUCGUUUAUACAGUCGCACACUUUAAACACCUGCCCUUAUUCUUCCAUUACAAGUGAAAUUGGAGUAAACAGUUUUUUUGCUUUUUUUUUUCCUCAGUACAGGGAAAUGUGUUGAAAUUUUAAUCCAUGGUAAUCACACAUGCACUAGACACACAGUGUGUAGAUAUUAGGUUAAACUCGUUGGAGUAUGGCUUUAAUGAGAUUAACAAUAUAAAGAGUAGGUUGAAAUGAAUCGGCUGCCCCGGCUAAAUGGUGCACUCAUUUUUGCAUUUCAGAAGUUCAACUAAGACAGCGACGAGAACGAGAACGAUGCCGAUGCCACACUGCCGGUGUUACGGCUUUCUACCUCGAACGGAGCGAUACCCUUUUUAGCUUCAGCUAAUCCGUGAAAAAACACUGCAUUAUCAGCGAUGAUAAACGACUAGGAAACCACAACUGCAACUGCAACAACGACGUGUAGCACUUAAGGGUACUAAUGCACAUUAACGUCCUACAGUGCAUUUACUUUAAGCAAAAAAACAUACCAACAAAAAGAUACAAACUCACUGCCACUUUGUAACCAAGUAUGCAAACAUGAGGCUCUGACUGAAGCUCGUGGCUAUGCUCGGAUAUUUUUUUUGUCAUUUUACAUUUUGAAUACAGCAACCCACAACACUGUCCACUUUUACGAUCUCAUAUCCAAGCAGCGAUUAAGCUUUUGAUCGUUUAUAAAGGAUGUUAGAUGCACAGAGCACAAAGCUCACUGAGAAAUGCAACACUAAGUAAAUAAAUAUAUAUUUUAAUGUUUGUUAGAAAUGGAAACGUGUACAGCAAGGCACUGGUUCUAGCUUUAAGUCAAAGCUGGCUCUUGUGUUCUGAUGAACCCUGCGCUGCUGAUGUGCAUUUGCUCCGAAUGCUCUUGAAGUCUGGUCUGAACUGAAGCACUCGAGCUCUCGGCUCAGCGCAGGGCAGAGGAGCCGGGUCUGUUUUUUUUUUUUUGGUUUUUUUUGUCAGGAUGUUUUCAGUUUUUGUGGUGAAGUGCCUUUUUAUCAGGUGCUCUCGCUUCUGCCGUGUUGCUCAGGAUAAGCUAACGUUGUACAUUCACCUCUGUAUAGAUAAAAGCUGGGUUUAUGCAAAAUGUAUACCACCUAUUCUUGUACGCAAUAAAUUUUCAUUUUGAUACA